UACGUGUCGCUACGUUGUUUUCAGCGUUAGCUAAUAGCAUUUGUUGCUAUAAAUGUAGGUUACUCAACGUUGAGCUACAUUAUCAACCAUAAGUCAGACAGUUUUACUGAAUAUGCUUGGGAUUCAUCAAAUAUAUGGACGCAGAGUGCAGUUGAACAUAAUACUGCCCUUAUUAUGCCGUUAUUAUUAUGCUUCCAGAACCGACAAUAUGUUGUCAACAAACGUGAAGACCUUGAGGAAAACAAGAAACACACCGAGUCGACCAGUAACGGUCACACGGUUGUACAGUUCUAAUAAACACAACUCAAAGGUACCAAAGGUCCCAACGUGGGAACCCCUGGGAGAAGACCGGAUCCCAUCGUUGCCACAAGUCUCGUCUGACUUGGUGGACAAACUGGAGAGACUAGCCCUGGUUGACUUCCGCACCAAAGAGGGUCUGGUCUGCCUGGAGAGAGCCAUACGGUUUGCGGAUCAUCUUAAUAUGGUGGAUACAACUGGAGUAGAGCCCAUGGAUUCAGUCCUGGAACACGGGCAGCUCUUCCUGAGAGGCGAUACAGUCACUGAAGGGGACUGUGCAGAGAAGCUGCUUCCACUUUCAAACACCACAGUGGAGGAGUACUUUGUUGCACCUCCGGGAAACAUUCCACUUCCAAGGCGGGAGGAGAGAGCGUCCAUGUUGAAACACUCUGAGUUUUGAUUCAGCUGAACAUGUUAUUCAUAUAUGUAUAUCUGGUCUUUGUAUGUGUAUAACAUUGUAAUACAUUAGACAAUGGAAUGGUUUACACAGACAAUUUAAUAAAUGUUCAUCAGUUAGACUCUGGCCACACACCAUUAUACAAUCCCCACCUGUUAGCUCUGAAGACAGCAUUUAUUUCUAUUAAAAACAUCAAUCCACUGCUUUUUCAGAAGAA